AUGACGCGAACCAAAGCGGUUCCCACGGCUAAGAGACCACUCGAUGGUGAUGUGGUCAGUGAUGUCAUCGUUGUGUCCGACACUGACUCCGAAGAGGAGGUGAUUAUUCAGCCGACGAAGAAACUGAAGACAAAUAAGAGCCGUAAGAGUCAACACGAGUACGAGUUCUCAGUCCACGAAGACUUUGAAGACUUCUUAAGCGACUCCAACUUCUUCCUUACCAUUCAUUAUCUUAAUAAACCGGAUGGGGUCGUGGAAGCGGUUCCCACAACAAGUCAUUGUCUUUUGGGAUCAUUUAGUAUUGAGUUAUUGCCACAAAACUCUUCGGAUAAUAGCAGUUGUCUGUCCAUUGACUCAAUAAACAAGCGAUUGGUUUACAUAUAUGUAUCUCAAGAGCUGUUCCGGUAUUGUCUUUAUUACGAGUGCAACGAAUCGAUGUCCGGAAAGCACGUCUUCGUGAACAUGAAGUCCGACAAUGAGUUUAAAGACAUUGGUUUGGAUUUUAUUCAGGCCUUGAAUUCACAUCACUUUCAUUUGACCACUAAUUUGUCGAUCAAUGAUAAUAACAUUGGCGUCAAUGUGUGGCUCCAGAAGUCGGCGCUCAAACACCUGUCAUACCAUUCGCAGACAUUUCUUAAACCCAAUUAUGAAGCGCUGGAACUAAUGAACCACUUCUACGAUAUUCCCAAACCUAUUGAAAUGAAUGAUUCAAAUAAAGAGAUAUCCAAAGAAAGUGUCGAAGAAUUAUACGCGAAGAUUAAGACUAAACACAACGAAACUAAGGAUAGUCUGCAACGGUUUGAUGUCCAGCACCGGUCCCUCUAUCCCACUCUUAGGCCCUAUCAGGUCGACGCUGUCCAAUGGAUGCUAAAUAGAGAGCACAUCCAAUCCAUUGGUUCCCAUCAGAUGUUAUACGAGACUGUUAUGACAAUUGAUGGCAAAUCUAUUAAUUACAACAAAUAUUUGGGUUAUUUUAUUGACGACAGAAGUGAUCCCAAGAACUAUAUAUACGGCAUCUCUCGGAGCGGAAUACUGGCCGAUGAGAUGGGUUUAGGAAAGACUAUUGAAGUGCUCUCUUGUAUUCUCGCAAAUCCCAGACCAGUCAUCAGUGGUUUGAAUGACAACUUCAGUGAAUAUAAUAAACUGGAUCUAAUUGACUGGUCCUCUAGCGGACAUUCUUGGGAAUGGUUUGCAUGCGUUUGCGGUCUUAUAUCUAACGUAAGAAAGUAUCGAAAGAAAAAACUCGUACUUUUCGACCAAAUCACUGAAAAUGAUGACAACGAUAGCGAUGACACCGAAGUGGACGACGAAUAUGCGGAACAAAUGGAUGAAAAACUAAUGGAUUACUCAAAGAUAAUGGACACCCGUCGACGUAAACGGCGUGAAAAGCGAUUCAAUGAGAAAGUGUUGGUCCGGUGUCGCGGUUGCGGUUCAUACCAACACGCGGUUUGUGUCAACUAUAACACCGCAACCCUUAGGCCAUACUUUUGCGGCCACUGCUGGGCCAGGGAUACCAUGAAACGGCUCGACUCGAGAGCCACACUAAUAGUGAGCCCGCGAUCUAUUAGCCAUCAAUGGCAGGACGAGAUCACCAAACAUGUCGACUGCUCUCAACUCAAUAUAUUUGUCUACGAAGGCGUCAAAUCGGCCAAAGGUUAUGUCCAACCCUUUGAUUUGGCGGACAAUGACAUAGUGCUCACCACUUACGAGACGUUGAGGUCUGAAAUCGAUUUCGUAGACCUCCAUCACUCCAAUCGGUUCCGUAAUCCCAAGCGCUUCAACUCGACGCCAUCGCCACUACUGGCCAUAAACUGGUGGCGCGUAUGUCUGGAUGAGGCGCAGAUGGUUGAGAGCGCGUCCGCCAAAACGGCACAAAUGGCGCACAGACUCAACGGUUUGCAUCGCUGGGCGAUCACCGGAACUCCUAUUCAGCGAUCAAUUGACGACAUCUACGGUUUGCUUCUGUUUAUAGGCGAAGAGCCCUUUCAUGAGAAGCACUUUUGGGAUAAAAUGCUUUACUUUCCAUAUUCUUGUGGCAAUUACGAGCCAAUGGUCACAGCGUUGAGUAAAUGUUUUUGGCGGACAUCCAAACAGGAAGUGUGGGAACAGUUGGGAAUUCCCGUUCAGAAGACAACCGUAUCGACACUGAAGUUCUCUCCCGCCUGUUGUCAUCCGCAAGCAGUUCGCGGAAAGUUUGUUCCCAUUUCCAAGAAAACGCUUACAAUGGAGGAGCUCUUGAAGGAUAUGAUUAAGAAUACGCAAUACGAGUGCGAAGAGGAGCACCGGAAGAUCAUAUCUGCCGUCAACGGAAUGGCAGGCAUUCAUAUAAUUGAAAAAGACUACGAGAAAGCGAUUGAGUUUUAUAGGCGAGCCUUGAAUUCCAUAGAGACAUAUAAAGCCAAAGACCUCUUCAGAACUGAUAAAUUACAACAAAUCCAUACUUUGCAUAAUUUGGCCGAAAUUAUGGAGUUGUGUGGCGUGAGACAGAAGGACAGGGAGUCCGGAGAAUACUAUAAUAAAGAGAAUGAGAAACAGACAACGGAAAUAACAUUAAGCGUAGACUUUGGGCGCACACUACGGGACGAGUACUUGAAUUACGAAUCAAAACAAUUACAUAACGAAUAUUUGGCUAAAGGGACGGUCAGUGUGGCCGAAGUGACCAAACAGUUGAAUCCAUUGGAGGAAACUGUGGAACAAUUAGAAGAUUCAUUCCAAACCUCCCAACAACAACCCUGGUGGAAGUUGGCCAUUGAUUAUCUUAAGGCCACGGAUGAAGAGCACAAUCUGAUUACACGCGUAAAAGACGUGUUAGAAGCGCACGAUAUGAGGGGACGGUUAGGCGAGGAACAACUGUCGAAGUUUGUGUCCAUUUCGGACAAAUUCAAUGAGUCUUCGGGUCUGAAGUAUAUUUUGGACAAAUGUUUGCGUGAAUUACAUCACUCGCGAAGUGUUUUGAGACAACGUGUCAAGAGUUUGAGCCCAAAGCCCACCGAUUUAGAGCUGAAUCAGGCCAUCGACUGUCACCUGAGGCCUGAACGCGACAAAGAGGGCAACAGAGCUAAUAGUGUCGUGAAAUGUAAAUACUGUUUAAUACACGAGAUGUUCAACGACUACGAGAAGAAACUCUAUUACUUCAGCGUUGAAGAGAAGUCCGAAGAGUCGGGCUGUAAGUCGGCGGCGCUUAUGGAGAAACUGAGACGUGGCACGUGGGGUGACAGCGAAACCGAGCAGUCGCUCAAAGAAAUCAAUAAAUUGUUUCGUCUGAGAGCUGAUCCCAAGUCGUCUCAACACACAGAUGUCAUAGAAGACGGACAAAACCACUUAAAACUAUUGGAAGCCAUGAAAAAGGAGUUCCGAGGCCUGCGAGCCAUUUGGAUAGAGAUCUACGACUACAUUGCACUCAUCGAUGAGCUAAAUAUGGCUACAAUUAGACUCCGAUUACGAUAUCCGGAUGAACCCAAGCCUAAAGAGACGAUUACUUAUAUACUCGAAGCAAACGAAGUUCAGAAUCAGUUAAUAGUGUUGCGUUCGGAUGAGGUGAUCGCCAAGAAUGCACUGCAAUACCGAUUAUCGCGUUUGUAUUAUUUGAAUAAUUUAUCGAAAGACGAGUCUAAGAGGAAAGGCGGUCACAACCCAGAGCUGUGUCCCAUAUGUCACUACCAGAUGGGCGAGCAGUGGUCUGUCCUUCAAUGCGGUCACAGUCUGUGUGUGAAGUGUUUGGAUAUCAUGUUAAGCGAGUACUCGAGGAAAGAGAAGACGGGGGUUACCAUACAGUGCGCGAUGUGUAGAGAGCACUGUCCCGUCGCCGCCAUCUUAUACGUGAACUCCACGAAUGCCCCCAAAGACGACAACCAAAUGGAAGUGAUCGGCAGUUGGUCCACAAAAGUGGAAGAAGUGGUUCGGUGUCUGUUGACUAUAGCGGCCGACGACCCGACCGCCAAAACACUGGUGUUCUCGACGUGGGCUGACGUCCUUCAGCUCAUAUCCAACGCUUUGGUCGACAAUCACUUUAAUCACUGUUUUAUCGCACAUUCGGCCAAAUUUAGCCAAAAGAUCGAUGCGUUUAAACAAAACCCAGAAAUCAAAGCCCUGUUAAUGCAAAUAGAUUUGGGCGCCAAAGGGCUGAACCUAAUAGAGGCCACUCAUGUGGUUCUGGUGGAGCCCACACUCAAUAAGGCUAACGAACUGCAGGCCGUGGGACGGGUGCACCGAAUCGGACAAACAAAGCCCACUUUUGUACAUAAGUUUAUUGUCGAGAAUACUAUUGAGGAACGCAUUUCUGGUAUGUAUUCAAGCGAUGGCCCGACCGAUGGACCCCUUUCCCCACAAUUGGGACAGACAUCGGAGCACGCGUUCAUUACAUUGAAUCAAAUGAAACACCUCUUUGAUGGCAAUUGAGGUUUAAAUCUAAUUUUAUUUGAAUUUAUUAAUUAUGACCACAUUUUAAACGACUAAUUAAAUUCAGACAACACUUUGUAAGUGUCUCUAAAUGAUGU